GCUCAGGGAGUAUAUCGUAAAUGUUAUUGUAUGAUCAGUUCGAUAGGAAUAAAGUGAAUGUAAGACUUUUCUUCACUUUUAACUUUUAUCCGCCCAGCGAAUACGACUUAUGGCGCAAAUAAAAAUUCAAAUAUUGACCCAUGUUUUCUUGUGGCAAAUAAAUUAGAAUAUACAGAAGCCAUCUUCAUUUACUCUAUAGUCUAUAUAAUACAAAUACACACACCAUCAACGAGACAUCAAACGCAUACCACAGUCUACACAAAUGGCAAACCCCAUCCUCGUAAUCACCUCCCUAGUCCUCCUUCUCGCAGCUGUUGUCUCCGCCGGAAAAGGCCAAUACUUUGCAAAAAACAUUAACCGGAAACACUUCGGUCUCCGUAAAGAGAAACUCACUUUCUUCCGUGUCUACUGGCAUGACAUCCAAAGUGGUUCAAACCCUAGCUCGGUCAUACUCCGACCUCCUCUCUCAAACUCAUCCUUCUUCGGAGCGGUCACUAUGAUCGAUAACCGUUUAACCACGGAGGUCUCGGUUAACUCGACUUUGGUAGGCCAGGCUCAAGGGAUGUACGCUGGUGUGGGCCAACACGAGGGGUCUGCGCUUAUGGUGAUGAACUUCGCGUUCAAGACAGGUAAGUAUAACGGAAGUACGAUCUCGAUUCUUGGUCGAAACGCUGUGUUCACGAAGGUUAGGGAGAUGCCGGUGAUUGGAGGAAGUGGACUGUUCCGGUUCGCUAGAGGUUAUGUUGAGGCUAGGACUAAGUGGUUGGAUUUAAAGACAGGAGAUGCUACUGUUGAGUACAGCUGUUACGUCUUGCAUUAUUGACGAUAUGAUGAUUGUAUGUUGUCUCUCUUUUUAUAAAUUUUAUUUUAAAUUGCUAUGUUUGGGGUCCUGAUUUGUUGACUUAUGUCGGUUUGAGUGAUGGAUGAUUGUUACGGGGCUAUUUAUGUCUGUUUGAAGUUUUUGAUAUUACUUUUAUUGAGGUGAUAUUUUGAUACGUAAAAACGUAUAUGGCACUAGAGCUCAAGUAGAAAAUUACCAUAAGGUAAAAUCUUAGACAUCAGAUAUAUGUUGCGGUUUAGAGGUUGGAUCCAAAAUCUUCUGGUAUUAUACACUCAAUUACAUUUAAGUUUGGUAUAUGAUAGCUUUUCAACAAAUAUUUUUUUCUUUCAAACUAAUUUUCAACAAUUA